CAGGCUUACGCGGUGACGCUCGUGGCGCCGCUCCCUCACGGCCGCCAUGGGGAAGAAGUCGCGCUCGGCGCCCUCUCGGCGGCCCAUCCUCCGCCUCUCCCCUCCCGGGCCUCGCCGCGACGAUUCCACCGUGGCUCCCGCUGCUGAAGGAACCGAGUCGGGUUCCGAGCCGGAGGAACCCGAAGCCGUGGCGGAGCCCCCUCGCAUCGCCCCUAACCCGCCGCCCCCCGCGCCCGCCACUGUCAAAGCCACAGGUGGAUUGUGCCUGCUGGGUGCCUACGCAGACAGUGAUGACGAGGAGGGUGAAACCCCGGAGAAGUCAGCUCGUUCCACGGACGCAAAUGGCAAUAACUCAGCAGACAUCGACAGCACGCUGGCCAACUUCCUGGCGGAGAUUGAUGCCAUCACAGCACCUCCGCAGCCUUCGGAGCCCUCCGGCACUUCCUCGGCGCUGCCCCCUACGCCUCCCCGUCCGGAGCCGAAGGAGACAGGCCCAGGCCAGUCCUCAGGCACAGCCAAUGGAGCAGGAUUGGCGCCGGCUCCGGAAUGGCAGUACGACACCCAGUGCUCACUGGCAGGAGUCGGGGAGCUGGAAAUGGGUGACUGGCAAGAGGUGUGGGAUGAGAACACCAGCUGCUAUUAUUACUGGAACACGCAGAGCAACGAGGUCACCUGGGAGCUGCCACCGUACCUGGCGACACAGGUCCAGGGCCUGCAGCACUACCAGCACAGCAGCACCGCGGCAGGCACCAAUGGCAGCUUUGUGGCAGCUGCCGAGCUGUAUCCCCAGGAAAAGGGGGCCGCCCCAGGCAGCGUCAGCCGCGGGGCCACCAUUGCCAAGCGGGAGGUGAAGAAGGAAGUGAAUGAAGGUGUCCAAGCCCUCUCCAACAGUGAGGAGGAGAAGAAGGGGGUGGCUGCUGCCCUCCUAGCACCGCUCCUGCCUGAUGUGGUGAAGGAGGAAGAGGAGCGCUGGAGGAGAAAGGUGAUCUGCAAGGAGGAGGUUGAGCCGCCCCCAGAAGAGGAGGUGAAAGCAGAAGAGGUGACAGCUGCUCCCGAAGAGCAGGAGCCCAGCAGGGAUCCCCUGGAAGAGACACUGCCGGAGGAUGUGUGCAGCGUGGUACAGUCAGGGGAGAGCGCCGAGGAAGAGGAGGAACAAGACACACUUGAACUCGAGAUGGUGCUGGAAAGAAAGAAGGCGGAGCUGCGUGCUUUGGAGGAAGGCGAUGGCAGCGUUUCGGGCUCCAGCCCGCUCUCUGACGGCAGCCAGUCAGCAUUGCAGGAUGCAACCCGCAGGCUGGCCUCCAAGCGAGGGAAAUGGAAACUGUUUGUCGGAGCCGCCAGCCCUGAAUCUGCCAGUCGAGGCUCCACCAAAACGGGCCGAGAGAGUCCGGAAGCAGUAGAAACAGCAGCAAGCACGGAAGCAGCUGAUGGGAAUUCAGACAAAGAGGCAGAGUCUGAGGAGCCCCAGGAGAAAGCAAAAGCCCAAGGGGCACCAAAACUGGAAGAGGAGGAGCAAGACCUAAAGUUUCAGAUCGGAGAGCUGGCAAACACUCUGACCAACAAACUGGAGUUCCUGGGCAUCAACAGACAAUCUAUCUCCAACUUCCACAUGUUGCUGUUGCAGACAGAGACCCGCAUUGCAGACUGGCGAGAAGGUGCUCUCAAUGGAAACUACCUCAAACGCAAACUCCAAGAUGCAGCCGAACAGCUAAAACAAUACGAAAUAAACGCCACCCCUAAAGGCUGGUCCUGCCACUGGGACAGGAUCUCUGGAUCACCUCUUCUGACCAACAGCUCUGACAAAGGACAAACCCCAACUCACCGACGGAAUGAAGAACGAGAUUUCUGUCUCCUGCCAGCAGGGAGCAUAGACGCUAUUUCUAUGUUAACGAGCGCUCAGGAGAGUCCCAGUGGGAGUUCCCCGAAGGGGAGGACGAAGAGGAGGGACAGCGAGUCACCGACGGAAAAGCCAACGGUCCUCCUAAACCACCUCCGAAAGACAAAGGAGAGCGCACCGGGGACACCACCGAGCGCUCCACAGUCCUCUGUCCCGGCCCUCCAACCUCCUUUGCCUUUGGAAAUGCCUCCGCCACCUCCACCGCCACCAGACUCGCCACCACCACCGCCGCCGCCACCACCGCCUCCCGGAGAAGAUGGCGAGAUCCAGGAAGUGGAGAUGGAAGAUGAGGGGGGCGAGGAGCCACCCGCGCCAGGAACCGAGGAGGAUGCACUGCUGAAGCCACUCCCGCGUCCAGCACCCAGUGGCAGCCAGGGCACCACUGAGUCGAGCCCGACACCGCUGCUGUCAGCCAAGCCACAGAAGAGGAAAGCUGUGGAGAUGAGCCCGGGGCUGAUGCAGCGCACGGCCACCAUCGGCAGCUGCCCGGUCAUCUACAGCCAGCCCCUGAUGGCCGCCAGCAAGUACCAGCCGUCAGCUGUGCCGCUUGCUUCCCUGAGGCCGCGCCAGCGGCUGCAGAGCGAGAUCCAGGGCCGGCCCAGUCUCCGCAUGGCACCGAGCCACGCUGGCCCCCAGCCUGCCACGAUGGGCCUGCAGUCCGGCUACCUCGGUGUGACUGCGCCGGCUGUCAUGAGCUACUCCGAGUGCGCCGCGUCUGUCAGCUUGGCUGCUGCCGCUGCCACACAGCCAACACCAGCGCGGGGAGCCCUGCCUGCUGCCGGCACCACCGAACAGCCACCACCACCACCGCCCCCCCAGACGCCUCCACCUCCUGCCCCCAAGGCCCCGCUGCCACCAGAGAAGGAGAAGCCAAGGAAGAGCCGGAAGGACAAGGGCAAGAAGGCCAAGACGAAGAUGCCGUCGCUGGUGAAAAAGUGGCAGAGCAUCCAGCGGGAGCUGGACGAGGAGGAGAACUCCAGCUCCAGCGAGGAGGACCGGGAGACCACUGCUCAGCGGCGCAUUGAGGAGUGGAAGCAGCAGCAGCUGAUGAGUGGCAUGGCCGAGAGGAACGCAAAUUUUGAGGCGCUGCCAGAGGACUGGCGAGCGCGCCUGAAGCGCAGGAAAACCACCUCCAGCACAUAAGGCACCGCCCUGCUCUUCUUUUUUUUUUUAACAGAUGUACAGUUCCCACCCCCACCCUCCACCAAUAAAUCGUAGCAGU